AUGGCAUUGGGUGUUGUGAUCUUUUUGAAAUCAAAUAUAUUUCCUUUGAGUAGCUUGUUGAUGUUAGAGACUGCGGGAAACUUUGCCCUUGUUUACCACAUGUUCCUGGUGGGUUUAGAGCUUGAUUUCAAACCAAUACUACGUGCUGGGAAGAAGUCACUCAGCAUUGCCCUUGCUGGCAUUGUCUUUUGUGUCCUUGUUGGUUUCGGCUUAUUUCGCUAUUUGCUAUACAAAGACUUUGACUACCAAACAAAAGCCAAGGGCACAAAGUACGGCCCAUUCUUUUGGGGCAUUGCCCUUGCCACCACCAACUUCUCGGACCUCGCCGGAAUCCUGGCGGACCUGAAACUUCUCUACUCUGAUGUUGGAGGACUCGCCUUAUCUGCCUCCGUUAUCUCCGACUUGUGCUCAUGGUUUCUUCUUUUGACGGGAAUGGCCAUAGUCAAUCAUAAUCAAAUUUUAGCGGUGACGUCCACCUUGGCUUUUGUAGGACUAUGCGUUUUCGUUGUACGUCCGGCUCUCUCGCGGAUUAUUAACCGAAUCCGCGAGGGAGCCCUUGAGAGUAACAACAUCGACUACCACGGGCUUACAUGUUAUGUCAUGGCUGGGGUUGUGCUUUGUGGGUUAAUUACCGAUGCAGGUGGAUCACACUCCAUGGUAGGGCCUUUUGUAUUUGGAGCUAUUAUGCCUAGGGGAGAAUUCUCAAACACUCUUAUAAAGAAGCUCAGAACUUUUGUGCCUGUGGUGUUGAUGCCUAUCUACUACUCCGUCAACGGGGUAAGAGUCAGCGUUGACGAUAUUCUCAAUCUUAGAGAUCCAGCAUCGGAAGCAAAAACUGGGACUAACAUAUACCGUGUAGUCGCUGUUUUCAUCAUAGCUUUUGGGGCUAAGAUUGUAAGCACUUUCGUUGCCGGCUUACUCAACAAAAUGUCACCACGUGAUAGUCUAGCUCUUGGAUUUCUCAUGAACACCAAAGGCUUAUUGACAAUGAUUAUACUCAACGCUGCUAGGGACCUAAAG